UCCUGCUGCUGCUCCUCCUCCUCCUGCUGCUCCUCCUGCUCCUCCUGCUGCUCAUCCUGCUGCGCCUCCUGCACACCGCCUGCACAAGUUGGAGUCGGCUUGGCACACUCCGCGUCCGUCAUGAUGAGCUCUCGGAAGGCGGCCGCGUUGCUCCUGGUCCUCGCGCUCCUCUCGGCCCACGUGUGCGCGCGAGCCUACCCAGCCAGGCUAUCGGGGGUCCCCGUGGGGGUGUCCCUGGGGGUGCCCCUGGGGGUGCCCCAGGGGGUCUCCGUGGGGCUGCCGGAGCGAGGCGAGUUCGGGGCUCGCGUGCUCAUUGGAGCCAUCGUCAGGGAGCUGCUGGGCCUGGAAGCAGCGGGGAUGGAGCAGCAGGUGGAGGAGCAGCCUGGAGCAAGGCUGCCCAGCACCCCCACGCUGGACAAGCGUGAGUGCAAGGCCUCCACGUGCGCCAUCCAGCGGCUGGUGUCCAUGAUGAGCCGCAACCGCGUGAGCGGCGACUCCCCACGCACGGACGUGGGCUCGGCCACCUACGGAAGGAGGCGACGGCGUGCUGCGUGAACGG